GUCCAGCUUGAUAGGGUCUUGAUAGGGUCUCGUGCAAACGGCAGGUCCCUCCAUCAUCACGAUGACACAAAUGGCUUCGUCGGUGCGGUUAUCGUUGCUCGGCCUCCUCUUGUGGCUGCAGCUCGGCAGAGCUCCGGCCCGCAGCCCCCGCACGGCGGACCAGGUGUCCGAGGCCGACAUCCAGCGUCUCCUACACGGUGUGAUGGAACAGCUGGGCAUCGCUCGGCCCAGGGUGGAGUAUCCCGCACAUCAGGCCACCAACAUCGUCGGGCCUCAGAGCAUACAGGGUGGUGCUCAUGAGGGGCUGCAGCACCUCGGCCCUUAUGGAAACAUCCCAAACAUUGUGGCUGAGUUGACGGGCGAUAAUGUUCCCAAAGACUUCAGUGAUGACCACGGAUACCCAGACCCUCCAAACCCCUGUCCCCUGGGAAAGACAGUAGCAGACGGGUGUUUGGAAAACGCUCCGGACACGGCCGAGUUCAGCAGAGAGUUUCAGAAACACCAGCACCUCUUUGACCCAGAGCAUGACUACCCAGCCCUGGCGAAGUGGAACAAGGAGCUUUUGUACCAAAAACUGAAGGGAGGACCGAAGAGAAGAAAAAGGAGUGUCAACCCAUAUUUAAUGGGCCAGAGGCUGGACAAUGUGGUCGCCAAGAAAUCUGUUCCUCACUUCUCUGAGGAAGAGGAGGAGGAAGAAGCACCGACCGUCUCUGCUGCCACCAAAUCCACAACCUGAACUCCUGCACCUGCAACACUCACUGUAAUAUUAAACUAUACUCUCAGAUAAAAGUUUUUAACACCACAUAUUUGAGCAUUUUUGGUUGACAAGCAAUGGAAAAGAGACUUCACCACAGGUACUGUGAAAUAAGAAAUGGUAAAGUAGAGAAAAGGUGGGCAAUAUGAAAUGUUUUUAUGAUAUUGCUAAGAUAUUAAUUAACCCAGAUCUUAUUCACUAAUUUGCACAACAUAUUGUAUCGCUGUCCUUAAUUUUUAACAAAUAGGCAUUACAAUGCAAGACCCAUGGAAACAAAAUUUGUGGGUUUUGUUGAAACAGUGACACCCAGCUGUCAUCUUGCAAAGCUCGAUUACCAACCAGGCAAAGUGGACAACUGCCCUGUGUGCCCCAAGAGCCCCAAGAGCCCCAAGAGCCCCUGGCCAGAUCAAACUUUGCACUACUGAAGUUCAACAUCAGCCACUGUGACAGUCCUCCAUCUUCUUAAGUCUUAAGUCUUAAAGAGAGACUCUGUGUACAAAUCCAGUUUUAAGGCCUAAAUUGUUUUAGGUUCUGUUGUAUCCAUUUCUUGUAAAGCUGUCAUCUAGUUAGUUUUUCCUGUGUUAAGUAAUUAAUACACAGAAAAACCUUGAGUAAAGUCGUAUUAUUCAAAGAUGGGAGCAACCAACAUAUAACUUCACUAUUAGUGGAAUUUACCUUUUUUUUCUGAUUGUUCAGUCAAAAAUGACAAAAAUUGUGAAAAAUGAUAAUUAUUUCCCAAAUGGCCAAAAUGUCAAGUUUACUAUCAUAGAAAACUGGGAAACUAUCAAAUAUUAAUAUUUGAGAAGCUGCUGUCAGUGAGUUUUUGGCAUUUUUGCUUAAAAAAUAACAUAAACAAUUAAUCGGUUAUCAACAUUGCUGCCAGGUAAUUAUCUCUCUCAUCUUGUUCUUUCUGAAGAUCAAAGCUUUGCAAACAACAAGUAGGUUGGACUUUGUGUUUAGAUUUCGUUCGAUAGCUGCUCUUAUGAGGGUCAAGAACGAACCUUGAAGCGCAAAAAGGAAACUGUGAUCACUCUGAUAGAAGAGCAGCUGUACAGUAGAGUGCUAACUUCAGUUCUCCUGUAGGUAUCUGAUUAGAAUAACCCAAGAUUGAGGCAAAUAUAUUUUACUUUUUCUGAUUUUUCAGGAAUGUAAAAUUGUCACUUUGACUUAGAUUCAACCAUUCAACCCAAAAUACAAGAAUAUAUGGUGUUAAAUUCUUCCCUGACAGUAUAUCUACAGCUGUAUUAUAAGGAGGAGUUGUAUAAAGAUAUGUUACUUUGGAGGAAUGUUGAAUCAGAAAGUUAUUAUUCAUGACUGUAAAAAGAUCAGUUUACUCACUGAUGUUUAAUUUUUUUAUGUCUUGAUAUGAGCAGUUAAUCACCUCUGUGUCUUGAAGCGAAGAUUCAAUACAGAUCAUAUUCUUAAACCUUAAUUAUAAAUAAAUAAGAGUAGCUUUGCUUUUGUCACGUAAGGGAGAAUUGUCAGUGACUUCACUGUAGCAUGGGAAAUAUUUUAGAGAUUACUCUGACUUGUAUCUGUUCACUUCACUGUACUGCAGUAAACAUGAGUCUCCACAGGCGCAGGAAUCUCUCUCGGUUCACUUCAUCUUGCCAAAUAUGUUUGUGUUCUGUUUUUGUUCUGUAAAGUCAAAUAAACGAUUUA